UAUUUAGAGACUCAUUCAUGCAGGUGUUUUUUAGAUUGUAAUUAGUUCUUUCCUGGUGUGAAUAUAUAGCAACUUUGAAUUUCUAAUCUGUAAAGAUCUGAAGGCAUGAGCUCUGUUUUACUGGUGAGAAACUUGUAAGAACCACGACAUCAUCUCAAACUCUUGAAGCGGAGACAGAGAAAUCUCAGAACCAUCACUCACAUUCCAUGAAUGGUGAAAAGAACGACUCAGAUAACACACUGGUUGAUGUUUUCCUUUGGUCUCGCUGUAAGAAGGCCCUUCCCCAGAAAGCCAUGCGUUCAAUUGGGAUCCCCUUGUCACUUGAACACGUUGAGGUAAGUGAGGAGAAUCUGGGGUGGGAGGACGUGCAAUGGACACAAACAGGUGUUUGGAUAGCUGGGAAAGAAUACACACUGGCACGGAUGCAUUUUCUUUCCAGUUAGCUGUUGUUUAAAGUUUAUUAAUUGUUACAUGUGUACUACAAUUUCAUGCCUUCUAGGUGUUAAAUUACAGGGAUACUAAAUUAUUAGGUUCAUCUCUUCAGCUGGAGAGGUUGGCACUUCCACAAGAAGACUGUUACUGUUGUGCUCUAUUUUUUAUCAGAUAACACCUUCCCUUCUGUCUGCUUCUCUCACUGCCCGGGAAAACCCAAGGAGGGUUUAGGUUAUAAUAAACUAUUUUUUGGCUU